AAGACUGCUGGUAGUGACGCGUUCCAUGAGCCAAGAUGGCACCUGGGUACCUUCUUAUAACUCAGCGGAGGGACUCAUGUCGAGUCUGGGCUCCUGCGAAAACCGAGACUGGUGAAAAGUGGCGGUUUACGUUACUACCCAAGCUUUUCGUACAAAAGCUGAAUCGACUUGGUUUCCGUGGUUUAGCCUAGCAAGAUAGUUCUCGAGAAACCAUCCACUCGUUUCCAUCAGCGCUUUCAGUCGCUAUGCGGAAAGGUUCUUUGUGGUGGUUCACCCAAUGCCUCCUCUUGGGUGGUGUAGCUGGGGUAGAAAAGCGCGAUGAUUGCAAUCCCGUUUACUUAACGACGACGAUCUUUGCUACAAGGACUAUAUAUACGGCAGCUGCCCCUAAUGAGACAGUGCCAACUUGUCCAGGGGCUCCAUGGGGUAAUACGACUACUGCACCAAUUUCUCGCACAACAACUACGGGGCUGAAUACCACGACUCUAAGUACUAGUAUUGGAAGCACGACUACAGCUCCGUUUGGAAAUACCACUACAAGUGUUACGAGCUCUACUAGUAUCCCGUUUGGCAACACUACUACUAGUGCUACCAGUGUUCCUAGCACUUCCCGUGGAAAUACUACAACGAGCUCUACAAGCGCCACUAGUGCUCCAUUUGGAAAUACUACUACGAGUGUCACAAGCGUCUCCAGCACUACAAGCGUUACCAGCCCCCCGUUUGGCAAUACUACUGCUAGUACCACUGUUCUCCCGACGACAACUUCAACUGUACCCUCAAAUAUAACUUCGACUACAGCCAUAUCAAGCACGGCUUCAUCGACCACAUCACAGCCAGCAGAACCUACCGAGCCUAUACCUCCACCAAAACCACCAGGCCACUUUAGAGGAUUCAAGAAUGCCGUCUACUUUACGAACUGGGGUGUCAACUCGGGUUUUCACCCUCAGGAACUACCAGUUUCCGAACUCACACACAUCCUCUAUGCUUUUGCUGAUGUCGACCUUGACGGAACUGUGAAGUCUUCAGAUCCAGUUGUCGACCUUCAGAAGCGCUAUCCUGACGACUCGAAGUCUAACCGUACUCAAAAUGUCUAUGGUGCCGUUAAGCAGCUUUUCAUUCACAAGAAGUCCAACCGAAAUCUUAAGACUCUCCUCUCAAUAGGAGGUUGGAACUACUCGCCAAAAUUCGCAGCCGCAUCUGCGACUGAUGCUGCAAGGCACACAUUUGCAACAUCUGCUGUGAAGCUGGUUACAGACUGGGGCUUUGAUGGUAUUGACGUAGACUGGGAGUAUCCUACGAAUGAUAUCGAGAAGGAAAAUUACGUCAAGUUGCUUGAGGCCUGCAGACACGCAUUUGACCGAUAUACCCUUCUCCAUGGAUUGAGGCAUCGAUUUACUAUCAGUGUAGCGAGCCCAGCCAGCCCCUUAAACUAUGAGAAAUUCGAUUUGACCGCUAUGAAUAAAUAUGUGGACAUUUGGAACCUAAUGGCUUAUGACUAUUCCGGAAGCUGGGAUACCGUCAGCGGACACCAAGCAAAUGUAUUCGAGUAUAAAAAGGAUCCUACGGCGAAGAAGCUGAGCACAGAUGAUGCUAUAGACCACUAUAUUUCCCGAGGCAUUCAUCCGCGGAAGAUUCUUAUGGGAAUGCCCUUAUACGGUCGGUCUUUUGAAGGCACAUCUGGUCUCGGGCAAAAUUACUCUAGCGUUGGAGAGGGAGGCCCACAACCCGGAGUUUGGUUCUACAAAGACUUGCCAAAAUCAGGGGCCAAGGUCAUAUAUGAUCGUGUCGCGAAAGCAACAUAUAGCUACGACCCCGUUGCCAAGGAACUCGUCUCAUAUGACGAUAUUCGAAGUAUCGACUUCAAGUCGGAGUAUAUCCAGUGGCGCGAUCUCGGCGGUGCGUUCUUCUGGGAGGCCAGUGGCGACAGAGGGGGUUCUCGAAGCUUGAUUAACACGAUGUCGAAGAACGUGGACUGGCUUGACGAGACACCCAAUAAUCUUCACUAUCCGACUAGCCAAUACCGUAACAUACGAUGGGGGAUGCCAGAUGAAUAGAUUGUGACUAGGGCUAAAUAAAAUGGCCAAAUCCGUUGCUUAUGCUCAUAUUUCUUUUCUUAUAUAUGGGUUUUGGAAACUUGGUCUGGCUUGGUUGGGGUUUUAUUGCUGUGCGUAUUUUUCCGAAACUUACGAUACUUUUCUAGAUGAUAUCCUAUAUAAACUUUAGGUAAUAAACAUGAUUCAAAUGGUUAUAUUAGCUUAUUGCUCUAGAAUAGCGU